AUCGGCUUGGCGAGGGAGGCUUGGCGACUAGCUCUGCUCCAGCCACCAGCACCCAGGCAUCCUCUGCAGCCAAGGCCAGCCGAAGCAAGACCACCCGCAAGCCUGCCACCACAUCCUUGUUACCCACCACCAUGACUCCAGGUCUUGCACCCCCUAGUGCUGCUGUUACCAGUGACAAGAGCAGCGCUCCCACGGAGGGAGGAACGGCGGCAAAGAACUCAUCUAGCAGUAAUGUAAACAACAGUGAUUAUGUCCUGCUAACCCCAGCCUCUCCAACUUCUCCACCACCUGGUAACCAGGAGGAGGCCAUUGCCAAGUUACGGCCAAGUGAUCGACUAGACCAGUAUGUAAACAGCAUUGUUACGAAGGCUGAACAGCCUCACCAAAAUAGAGAAGAACAGAUUCUACAAAAGCAACAAAUUCUGGAAGAGCUGCAAAGGGUAGAGAGAGAACUCCAGGGCAAGGUGAUCCCCUACAGUGGCAGCUAUGACCCCUCCCGGUUCUGUCAUUGGCACUGUCUGUAGCAAUGGAACAUCCAUCACAACCCUUACAAGCAGCAGCACCAAUAAUAUCAGCACUAGUGCCAUCAGCACUGGAAACACUUCAUUGGCGGCACCUCUUGUCUACCCUCCGGCAUCCCUUCACACCCAUGUACCCAUUGCUACUCAUACUGUAGAAACUCAAACUGGUUUUCUUCCUGGCACAGGAUGGGCAGGCUUACCUCCUGGUGUUGUCAUGGGAGAAUUACCUCCUGUUGUAUCCCUUUAUAGUGGCGGGGCAACCUCUGCUGCACAGUUACCUAUCUCUCUCCCAGCAGAGGGAGCGCAAGUACCUUCAUCAAUAUUCCCUGGGGGAACUUGUGCUCAGGAGACUGCAGGAUAUUCUGCUUCCUCUGCUUACCAUACACCGGCCUCACCUCCAUCCUUGCCUACCCACAGUGUUUCUUCCUCUGGACCAGCAAAUGGAAAUGUCCCUGUAUCAGAAAGACCUAAAAUGAUACCAUCAAAGAAAGCAGACAAGAAGAAGCUGCAAUUACAACAGCAGAAACAUCAAGCUUCCCAACAACAGCAGCAUUCUCAGCAGCAGAUGAUUGCCCAGCGCAAUCAGGCUGUCCAGCAAUUACAGCUCCAACAGGUGCAGCUAAACCAUGGGGUUGAUAGUGCAUACAGUUGUCCAGGUAGUGGAUUAAGUACCCAAUCAUUGCUUGUUCCAGGUGGCACAAGUGUACUACACCCUUCAAGUGGAGCUAAACAAUGCCUUCCACCACCACCUCCUCCCCUCCCUCCUCCAAUGCUUGUUGAGCCUUCGCAUGAUCAAGGCUGUCAGAAUAAGAACAAGGUGGAGAGUGCGCAGACAAGAGGCAAAAAAGACAAGAAAAGGAGUGUUCCUUCUGAAUGUGACUGCCCAGGGGUGUUAUCCAAUGAAGAGUUGGCCAGCAGUGGUGCUGGACUGGGAAAGUCAGAGAAUGAUUGUACUGGACGUGAUGCCAGUAGUGGAGCAGAAGUUGUACCUCUGACUCCUUUGGGCACACCACUGCACCUGUCAACGGGAUUGGGGCCGGCACCGGGCACAGGACUGCAGUUUGUUCCAUCUACUCUUGUAUCCUCUCCUCACUUGCAGUUUGCACCUUUCCAAGUAGGCACAGGCUCUGUGCCUUUGCAGUAUAACCACUUGUCUACCCUGGGGGUGGGGCAGGCAGUGGGAAACCAACCAGUCACCAGCCAAACUGCGGCAGCAGUGGCUGCACAGCAGUUGCAAGUAAUGGGUUCCUCGGGAGUUUCAACCAGCAGCAGUAGUAUUACUAACACUAGUGGCGGACCUGCAGGGGCAGCAGUUCCUCAUUCAAGCAAAUCCCAGGUAAAGAAAAUCUUGUUACACGCACCACAGUUGGGAGUGCCUGCAGGAGAUUCCGGAGGUCAGCAGCGGGGGCCACCUCUGGGACCUCUCCUACAUGGCAGUCCCACAACACUACCUGUAGGGCAACAGGUUGCGCAGCCUCCUUCAGUCAGUCAACCUUCCACCAAGAAGAGUAAGAAACAAGUUCGAGUCACUGGGAGCAAGCAAGAGCGUGAAGGCCAUUUCAACCUUCCUGAUGCCAGCAGCACAACUUCCUCCCAGGAUGCUGCCACACACCACCAGCCAGUCACUGCAGGCAUACCUCUGGACCCAGGAGCACAGGGUGUGGUGUAUGCCAACACACACACCAUGGCGCACUUUCCAGCAACUAUGGCACCUCCCUCUGGGACUCUGCCACUCUCCGGUGGGACUGUUAACAGCUUCGGCCAGGGGCUACACCCCAAUGAGUCGGGUCUGAUGGUGGCCACACCAGCUGCGCCUGCCAAGAUACUCAAUGACCAGUUGUCAGAGAUGAUUACAGCACCUUCCCCUCAGGUUGGUGGUGGUCAGCUGGGUGUAGGAGGAGUGCCUGUGUCGGUGGGAGUUCCGUACAUGAGUGGUGAUGGUAGUGUGCCAUACACUGGCCCAGCAGGCAUUGGUCCAGGUGGGGUCUGUCAUUAUCCACCUCACCUGGUAGAUGUGGACAUUGAGACGGAUUCCAAUCAUGAUACAGCACUUACCCUGGCUUGUGCAGGAGGACAUGAGGAGCUUGUGCAGCUUCUCCUCAACCGUGGAGCAAAUAUCGAGCACAGAGAUAAGAAGGGCUUUACGCCACUUAUCUUAGCAGCUACUGCAGGCCAUGCAAAGGUAGUAGAGACCUUAUUGAAUGCUGGUGCUCACAUAGAAGCACAGUCGGAGCGCACCAAGGACACCCCUCUCUCCUUGGCUUGUUCUGGGGGCAGAUAUGAAGUUGUAGAAAUCCUUUUACAGCGAGGUGCUAAUAAGGAGCAUCGAAAUGUAUCUGACUAUACACCUCUCUCCCUCGCUGCGUCUGGCGGCUUUGUCAACAUCAUCAAGCUUUUGCUGGACAAUGGUGCAGAAAUCAACUCUCGCACAGGAUCAAAGCUCGGCAUCUCUCCUCUCAUGCUUGCUGCCAUGAAUGGCCAUGCAACUGCGGUGAAACUUUUGCUAGACAUGGGCUCGGAUAUCAAUGCUCAAAUUGAGACCAACCGCAACACCGCAUUGACACUGGCAUGCUUCCAGGGAAGACAUGAAGUUGUCUCCCUCCUCUUAGAUCGCAAGGCUAAUGUUGAACACCGUGCCAAGACUGGACUUACACCUCUAAUGGAGGCUGCAAGUGGUGGCUAUGUUGAAGUGGGUAGAGUCCUCCUGGAGAAAGGUGCUGACGUCAAUGCCCCACCAGUUCCAUCCUCAAAAGACACAGCGCUUACCAUUGCAGCGGAUAAGGGCCAUUAUAAAUUCGUAGAGCUUCUUAUCCAAAGAGGUGCUCAAGUGGAAGUCAAGAACAAAAAGGGCAACUCUCCCCUGUGGCUAGCGGCCAACGGGGGACACUUGGAAGUAGUUCAGUUGCUAAAUAGCGCCACAGCUGACAUUGAGUCUGAAGACAACAGGAAGGUCUCCUGCCUUAUGGCUGCAUUUAAGAGAGGGCAUUACAAGGUUGUCAAAUAUAUGGUACGAAAUGUGACCCAGUUUCCCUCUGACCUGGAGUUGCAGCGGUACAUUGCCACCAUAGCAGACAAAGAGCUGAUGACCAAGUGUACUAAUUGCAUGGAGGUGAUUCGUGCAGCCAAAGAAAAGCAAGCUUUAGAGGCUAACAAGAAUGCCUCCAUCUUACUGGAGGAAUUAGAAAAGGAACGGAACAAAGAAGAAUCCAAGAAGGCCGCGGCUAGUCGAAGGCGGCUUAAGAAAAAGGCUAAGAAGUAUGAGAGAAGGGUUGAGAAACGUCGCUCAGACUUCCCAAAAGGUAGUGACAGUGGGGACAAUUACGAUGGUGAGGACGAGAAUGAAAAUGUCAUCAAUGAGGACCAGGAGAUUAAACAACAGCAGACGAAGAAGGAGAAAAAUGAGACCAACAACCUCCAGAGAGUAGAGCAAGUCGUGCCGGAGGAGAAGGAUGGCGACAGUGGCAUUGACUCAAACAGCCAAACCAGUGCAACUUCUGAGACCAAAGUCACAGCAAGGAAAUCUCCAACACACACCAAAAGCAAAACUCAACGUCCCCUCCAGUCCCAGUCACUGAAACCGUUGAGGUGAAGAAAAGCUCCUUGAAUAGUACCAGUGCUGGGUCUACAACCUUGCAGCAGUUUUCUAGUGCCUCAUCCACCAACACAUCAAAGAGCAAGAAGAAGAAGGAAGAGGAAAAUAAAGCCAAUGAGACUAUGAAUGAGCUCGACAUCUUCCAUUUGGAGAACCUCAAGCUUGUGAAUAACAAGAAGGUGACCCACGACUCAUCCCGCGUAAAUGCCUUAGACACGUUUGGAGAGGUGGACCACUAUGUUACUCCCAUCCCAGGGCUGGUGGGUAGCUCGUCUACCACACUCAGUGCACCCUCCCUCAGUCCCAAUACCAAGAGUGCUCCUGGGCUUGGAACUAGCCCCAAGAAGGGCAACAGAAGAGAGGAUGGCUGGAAGGAAGUGAGCCGAAAGGCCAAGAAAGUGUCUGUCCCCAGUACUGCAAUCAGUCGAGUCAUAGGCCGAGGAGGAUGUAAUAUUAACACUAUCCGUGAAGUGUCAGGAGCUCACAUUGAGGUUGAAAAGCAGGGCAAGAGCCAGGGAGACAGAAUGAUCAGCAUCAAGGGCUCAACGGAAGCCACACGCCAAGCACAGAACCUCAUUUCUGCCUUGGUCAAGGAUCCUGAUAAGGAUCUCUCAGAAUUGUUGCCAAAAUCUGUUGCCAAGGUUGCUCCCAAACCCUCCAAGAAUAGUGCUGAGUCUGCAAUAUCCCAGGCUCCUAGUAGCAAAGCUCUGAGACCUGCUAGUACUAUUGGAAUUAGCAUGGCUACAGUCACCUCUUCUACUACUAGCGUCACAGUAGCGAAGUGUGGAGCCACCACAACCACAGCCUGGUCAAGUGCCGUCUCAUCCCCGAAGAGAACUCCAGCACAGGUGAGACCUGUGUCCACCAUUGGGCCACUCAACUGUGCAGUCCCCAAGAGUCCUGCUGUUCGGCAGUUGUUCCCAGGUGAAAAGAAAUCAGUGCCUACCACUAGUGCUAAUAAAGUCCCCAAUACCAACAACUCUGCAAUUGUAGCAAUGACUUCAGAUGUCACCCAGAUGUUUGCCACCAAGUUAGCUGAUGCCAAAGGCUCAGGAAAGAGUGCCACACCACCGCUUGUAGGGUCUCCCAAUCCCUCACAAGCGCAUCAGGGAUUAGCUAAUAAUGCCACCAACUCCUCAGAAGGUAUUGUGUCCGAGGAGAAGGGUCUACCAGAAACUAACAAUAAUGGUAUGGUAGGACAGCAAUAUUCCAUCUUUAAUAAUCGCCUUAGCCAAGUAACACAUGAGGCUAUGUGGGGUGCCAAGGAGAAGCAAGUGAACUUCGCUUCUGUUGCUGCGUCCGGCCUUCCGAACGGGAACAAGCAUCAGAAUCAGCUGAACCAGCAGCAUCUGAGCAAUGGGCCAGUGAGCAGCUACUUGGAUCAGAUUGAGCAGCCUCCGGUAGUGGAUGCCAGCCGUGCUCCCGGGUACCGAGGGACAACCUCCACUAUCACAGCCAGUAGCCACAGCCACGUGACGGCUGUGGCUAGCGGCAGCCCGCCAGGAAGCAUCCCCGUACCCAUGCCUUUGUCUGGAUCUCACCAGCCGCUCACCACAAGUAUGGCUCGCAGCGCCCCAGGGACACCUGUGGCCUCCCCGUCCAUGAGGCCUAUUGCACCCCCUGCCACACGUCAGACCUCCACACCACCCCCCAUCCCCCGCUCCUCGCUGGACAUGGGGGGGACUGGCUCCUUCAGCAUCCUGGCCGGCCCAUCGCGCACGCCCCCACCCAUGUUGUCAUCGAUGGUGCGGAUUCCAUCAAUGCCGUCUGCAUCCCUUGGACCUGGUGCUCCGCUCUCCAACCGCGGCCACCUGUCACACUCAGGGAUGAAUAUGAUGCAGCAAGGUUACUCUGGUGCUUCAAUGGCUAGCCUGGCACCUGGCGGCCCUGUAUCCUCCAUCCCCCGUGGCCCUGUGCCGCCUCCCGACCACAGCGAUUUAGUUAAUUUGGCCCCAGGGCAGCCUUAUCGCAAGCCACCACCGCCUCUCGAGAUCAUUGGCCCCUUCCACCAGCAGAAGGUGCAACAACAGUUUUCAUCUUUGGCUCAACUGACAGGCAUGAUGAAUGGGCCAAGGUUCACCACACCCCAGACCAACACCCACCCUGUAUUCACCAACAAUAUCCUGGCACCCAUCUCUGCUGCCCCCCAGAUACAGAGCAACCUCAACCCCAAUGCGCCGGACUUCACUAGCAGAUCAGGAACAUUUGUGCCUCCCACUUUCCCUCCCCGCACCCAGUUAGCUGCCUUCCAGAACGGGGCUCCGACUGUCACGCCUUCCAUCGGCUCCGGCUUCAGCGCCAUGAACCAGUUUCCGGGAGGGCUUGACGCGAACCUCUCCCUCUCGGGCGGCUUCGGCGAGGUGAUCAGUGGGCUCCUGCCCCGCAACCCGCCACCCAUUGCUCCCAUACCUACCACCAUGGCAGCUAACAACACGUACAGAAAUAGCGGUGCCUCGCAGGACAGCUCUCCGCCACUCAACUCGCCCCAUUCCUCCAACCCUGCCUCGCCCACCCAGAGCGCAGCAGCGGCGACCACAGGAGGGAUUGCUCAGCAGCCGGAGGAGCGCCCGUCAAAGUUGCAGCCCAUUGGCACCGAGCGCGCCCAGCGAGCCCAGAAGAGGUCGGAGCACGGCGGGGUGGUCGGGGGAGUGAGCGGAGGAUUCGGAGUCGUGGGCUCGGACAUGUGGCCCAUGCACUUGCCCGAAAUGCUGGCUCCGCCGCCCCUGGAACAUAAUCUACCGGCCAACCCCUACUAUGGCGAUUCUGUGGAAUUGGGGAGACAUGAACCAACAGAUGUAAGGAGAACGAAGCGAAGAGAAGCAGCAGUAACUGAAAAAAAGCAUUAUCAAGAGCAAGGAAAGUUGCUUGCAGAGGCCAGACCCAGAAUCGUCUGGCAACAUGUGGGGGCUGCCCCUCAUAGCGCUCAGCACCGCUUAUUUCAUUGUCAACAGAUCUGCUUGCCUCUCUGAAAAUUUUAUCAUCAAAUUAAAUGCUUUUAAUUGUAGUCCUUGUGGUUUGGGUGACAUUAUUAAACUCAGUGAAAUUGCUUCAUUCAGAAUAUAAUGAAUUUCAUGAAUGGUACUUCCAAGUACCUAUGUUUUAAGUAAUUCAAAUGUUUUAAAGUGCCACUUUAAAAUUGAGUGAUGUAUGAUAACUGUUAAUGUUUUCAAAGGUUUAAAGGCAACCUCAUAUGCAAUUGCUGUGGUGUCACUCGUGUUGACAUGGUUAUGAUAUUUUGUUGCUUGCCCACGUAAGGAUUAUUGGUAGUCGUAAAUGACGCAACGUAAUGGUGGCCUCGUAAACUCUUGGUAGGAUAAUAUACGGUGGCUGUGACCACCGCCCUUAUGACUGAAGAGGACGUUGUCCCAGUGUGGCUGCGUAUAAUGCUGCCCGGGGGCGGCGGUGUGUGCAGGCCGCCAUGUAGUGCACAUGGGCAUCUACUGCGCCUGCCCACUGAACAUGUCACGGACGUGGGUGGCCAGCCUGCCCCCCUCUAUUGUACCCAGCCACGCCCGUGGAUCCUGAUGACUGCUUGUAGUCAGCUUGUCACUGGUUCACCCCGCACCCCGGCCUUCAUACACUCACGUUUGCAGUCUUGUGUUUCCUUCAUUGUAUGCAAGUCAAAGAGUCACUAGAAGGCAACUUAUUGUCAUGAGUUGAGCGAAACACGCCUACUCGGUGACGAGCGGCCGCCCACUCCCGCCGCCCGCUCGGAGGUCGUACUUGUAUAUGCAGCAGUAAUUAUAAUAAAGCUUACUAUCCACUCCUACUAUGUGGAAACAUUAAAAAUUUAUCAGGCAAAACCAAUGUGUUACUUUAACCUGAUCCUUUUGGUCACUUUUCUGAAAAGUGACGUGCAGAAACCAAGAGAUUUUGGCAAGUGAAAUUUGCUUGAUUCAGAGGAAGUCAUGUUAGAAAUGCAUCGUUUUGUAUUAGAUAGAUAUAAUGGAGAGGAAAUGGGAAGAAAAGUUUACAUAUUUGAAUCUUUAUUUGUAUUAGCAGAAUACAUGUCUAAAAUGAUAUGGUUUCAUCCUU